AUGGCUAUGUUUUACGCAUUGAAUGGUUUGGGGUACCUUGUGCUUACUGCACUUGCGGUUCACUCCUUCGGCAAGCAGCUGGAUCUUGAGAAGCGGGAGAAAGAGCUUGUGGAGAAGAUCGACAAGCUUGAAAUCGAGCUCACGUCGAAGCUGAACCAGUUGGAGGAGUUGACCCAACAACAAGAUGACCUCAAGAAGUCGCUGGACUCGGAAUUGCAGGCGAAGAUUCUCGCUCAUCAACAGGAGAUCGAGCAGUUGAGAAGAUCAAAGGAGGAGGCGGAAACCGCUGCACUCAAGACUGCCGAACUCAAGCAAAGCUUGGAAAAGGACUUGGCCAAAGCCAAUGACUUGAUCGAACAAUUGAAGCGUGACGCCGAGGUCGCCCGUGCCGCCACUAACGCCAUGGAAGAAGAUCUCAAAAACCAACUUUCGGCUCAAUUGGAAAAGGUUGCUGCCGAGAAGGAUGCCCAGUUCACUGCUAAGAGCAAUGAAUUGAAGGAAUGGCAAAACAAGCAUACUCUGUUGGAGCAAAUUGUUGCCACCUUGCAAAACGAGUUAUCGACUAAGGAAGCCGCUCACAAUGACGUCCUGCUGCAAUUGAAGGAUGUUCAAACUAAGCACCAGCUGUCGGUUGAACAAGCGGAAAAGCUGGAUGCUUUGGUGAAGAAGUUACAAUCGCAAUUGAAGGGCAACGAGGGCGAGGUUACCGAGUUGAAGCUGAAGUUGACUGCGGCUGAGUCUGAAGCUGCGGAGGUGAAGAGUGAGUUGGAAACUACGAAGGCGCAAGUGGCCGAUGUUACUAAGGACCUUGAGCUGGCUCGUGAACAGAACAAGGCUGACGUGGCUAAGGUGAAGGACCAAUUGAAUGAAACUACUGCUCAAUUGGAACAAACUAAGCUGGAAUUAGCCGAUGCGAAGCUGGCUGCGGAAAAGGCUCAGCAAGAGGUGACUGAAGCCGAGAAGCAAGCUGAACAAGCCAAACAAGAAGCCGAACAAGCUAAGCAAGAAGCCGAACAAGCUAAGCAAGAAGCCGAACAAGCCAAGCUGGCUGCGGACGAAGCUAAGCUGGCCGUGGACGAAGCUAAGCAAGAUGUCGAACAAGCCAAGCAGCAAUUGAAGGAGGCUCAGGAACAAGUGCAAAAGGUCACUGAAGACAACGAUCUGCUCAAGUCUCAAUUGCUGUCUGUCCAAGAAGAGCUUGCCACCGCCCAAAAGAAUGCAUCGGAGGUUCACACUAAAGCUCUUGAAGAAGCUAAACUGAAGCACUCCAAGGAGCUCGAAGAAGCUAAGCAACAGCACUCCAAGGUUCUCGAUGAUACCAAGCAACAGCACUCCAAGGAACUUGAAGAAACCAAACAACAACACUCCAAGGAACUCGAAGAAACCAAGCAAGCCCAUGCUGACGAACUUGAGUCUGCUAAGGCCAGCCAUGCCAAGGAUCUCGAAGCGACCCACGCCAACAAACUCCAGGAAGUGAAGGAUGCUCACGCCAAGGAACUCGCCCAGGUGAAGUCGGAGCACGCUCAACAAAUUGACGACCUCAAGUCACAAUAUAAGGAUGCUGAGGAGCACACCAAGACGAUCGAAAAGCAGGCUAAGGAACUCGAAACCGCCAAGAAGCUAGCUGAAGACUACGAGAAGCAGACUGAAGACCUUAAGAAGCAGGUUAAGGACCUUGAGGUGAAGGCGGACGAAGCCAAGGGGGCUAACAAGGAGCUCUCCGAUACGAAAAAUAAGCUCAAGGAGACUAACGAUGAACUCGAGAACACCAAGAGCCAGGCUAAGGAACUUGAAAAUAUCAAGGGGGAACAAUUGAAGGAGCUUGACGAACUCAAGAAGCAAGUUAAGACACUUGAAGACACGAAGAAGGAGCUUGAUGCGGCUAAGAAGGAGCUUGAGGAACACAAGCAAAAGGCUGAAGACCACAAAAAGUCAGACAAAGAUACGGUUGCCCAGUUAACCAAGCAAGUUUCGGAUUUGACGGCGAAAAACACUGCUGACGCCAAAACCAUUUCCGACUUGCAAGCUCGGGCCGAGACUGCCGAGUCGAAGGCCAGCGACGACGCCAAGAAGUUGAAGGAGUUGGAGGCUGCCCAGGAGAACGUGGCCUCGUUGAAGAAACAAAUCGACGACGCCGCUGCCGAAAAUACGAAGCUCCAGAAGCAAGUGGCCGAGGCGACGCUGGCCGCCGACGACGUGGCGAAGUUAGAGGCGGAGGUGGCGUCGUUGAAAUCGCAACUCGCUGCUCAGACAGAAGCUGCCAACCAGCGUCUGGCCGCGGUGCAAGAUCCUUCAGCCAUGGGCGCAAAACCCGAAGAGGAAAAACAGCAACUUAACGAGGAGUAUGAGCAAAAGUUAGACGAAAAAGAGCGCGAAAAUGAGCAAUUAGUCAAUGAUAUCGCCGAGUUGACGGCGCGGGUGGAAAAGGCGGAACAAGAGAGACAACGGUUCAAGGACUUGAACGACGGGUUACUUUUGAAGUUGAAAGAAAAGAAAUCCUCUAGCGCCUAA